UCGAGCGCCGCCUCGUCGAGCUCGGUCCGCGCUCCCGCUCAGGCGGGGGCUGACGCGACGCCCCAAGCGCCCGGCCCCGCCGCCGCGGCCCGGCAGGUCUCCACUCUAGGUCUCGGUUAGCAGAGUGCCUCUUUCCACUGUGACUCCAGCCACAUCCCCCGUGCGGCAGGCUUCAGAGCCAUGGCGACAGAGGAGAAGAAGCCUGAGACGGAGGCUGCCAGAGCACAGCCGACCCCUUCUUCCUCUGCCACUCAGAGCAAGCCGACGCCUGUUAAACCAAACUAUGCUCUAAAGUUCACCCUUGCUGGCCACACCAAAGCAGUGUCCUCCGUGAAAUUCAGCCCGAAUGGAGAGUGGCUGGCAAGUUCAUCUGCUGACAAACUCAUUAAAAUUUGGGGAGCAUAUGAUGGAAAAUUUGAGAAAACCAUAUCUGGUCACAAGCUGGGAAUAUCCGACGUAGCCUGGUCGUCUGAUUCCAACCUCCUUGUUUCCGCUUCAGAUGAUAAAACCUUGAAGAUAUGGGACGUCAGCUCGGGAAAGUGUCUGAAAACCCUGAAGGGGCACAGUAAUUAUGUAUUUUGCUGUAACUUCAACCCCCAGUCCAACCUCAUUGUCUCAGGCUCAUUUGACGAAAGCGUGAGGAUAUGGGACGUGAAAACAGGGAAGUGCCUCAAGACUUUGCCAGCUCACUCAGAUCCGGUCUCAGCUGUCCACUUUAAUCGUGAUGGAUCCUUGAUAGUUUCAAGUAGCUACGAUGGUCUUUGUCGCAUUUGGGACACCGCCUCUGGCCAGUGCCUGAAGACGCUCAUCGAUGACGAUAACCCCCCAGUGUCUUUCGUGAAGUUCUCUCCGAACGGCAAAUACAUCCUGGCUGCCACGCUGGACAACACCCUGAAGCUCUGGGACUACAGCAAGGGGAAGUGCCUGAAGACGUACACUGGCCACAAGAAUGAAAAGUAUUGCAUAUUUGCCAAUUUCUCCGUCACUGGCGGGAAGUGGAUCGUGUCUGGCUCGGAGGAUAACCUCGUUUACAUCUGGAACCUGCAGACAAAAGAGAUUGUACAGAAACUACAAGGCCACACAGAUGUUGUCAUCUCCACAGCUUGUCACCCGACAGAGAACAUCAUCGCCUCGGCCGCACUAGAAAACGACAAGACGAUUAAGCUGUGGAAGAGCGACUGCUAAGUCCUUUGGCGCCACACGAGAGACUGUCGGAAGUUGACGUAGAUUGGCAAGAAAAGUGGGUGUCGAGGAGGCCCCCCGGGUCUGGCCCCGGGAUCUGGGUGGGGCCUGACGUGAGCCGCCGCCUCCUCCUCGAAGAUGAUUUGGCCACGGGGAAAGUGUGGACGACCAGAAAGUUCUAAAAGUUGCUGGUGACGUUUCUUGCCAAUUCGCUAACACUGUCUAGGGAGUUGUUCCUGGUCUGUAUUGUGCUCAAACACAGUCAAGAAGAAUUUUUAAUUUUUUAUUACAAGAGAGUGAAGUUCAAUUUAUGAUGAGUUGUGUUUUUUCCAGUAAA